AUGACCCUUAAAGAGUUUAAUCUCUCAUUAAAAAGCAGGUUCCAACCCCCGCCAAAUAUAGAUGUUAUUGAGGCCUAUAUAGCAUUGGUCAAGAAAGGUAUGCAAAAAUUAAGAGAACAAUCUCAGACUAGAUUUAAAUCUAACCUAACCAGAACAGAAAGAGAAACACUUAAUAAACUUAGCAAUAGGGAUGAAAUAACCAUUAAGCCCGCCGAUAAAGGCGGAGCUAUCGUCAUUAUGGAUACGGUGAAGUAUGAACAGGAGAUACAGAGACAACUGGAUGAUGCCUCGGUGUAUCGCCUCGUCGACCAUGACCCUAAAUUCGAGAUUUCUCGUAAGAUUAGGCUCCUGGUCGAUGACACAUACGCCGAGGAUAUCAUUGAUAACUCAUUACAUGACUACCUUAUCGUAGUGCAUCCCGUGACACCGGUUCUGUACACCCUGCCGAAGAUUCAUAAGGACAGAGUUGAUCCACCAGGACGCCCUAUAGUGUCUGGGAUCAACUCUGUCCUUUCACGAUCGGCCAUUUUUUUGGAUGGAGUACUCCAAAAAUAUGCUAUUGAUGCAACGUCCUAUGUGAAGGAUACCACCCAUUUCUUACUUAAGUUAAAGGAGUUGACAUUUCAGCCAGGGGACACACUGGUCUCAUUUGAUGUGGUCAGUCUUUACACCAGUAUUGACCAUGACAAAGGACUUGAAGCAGUUAGGUAUGCCUUACGCAACUCAGAGUAUACACCUGCUAUGGUGAAUUUUAUUCUGGCGUUGCUAGAGAUCAUACUAACGUGCAAUUAUUUUAAGUUUAAAGAUCAAUUCUUUGUGCAAAACAGUGGGACCGCGAUGGGGUCUAAUGCUGCACCGGUGUAUGCUAAUAUCUACAUGUCCUAUGUAGAGAGUUCGUCUGUGUAUCCAUCCAGCUUCUUCAGUAAAGUGAGGGGCUGGAUGAGAUACAUAGACGACAUCUUUCUCAUAUGGACAGAGUAUUCCAGUAAAAUUAUUAAGGGCAAACCUAUAUUAUCACUAAAUGAUAAAGAAGAAGCUGAAGAUGUCCUACAGCGCUGCUUAGGAGAAAACUUCAUUACACUUAAUGUACACCCAGGACUUCAAAGUACACUUCCAUUAUAUAAUCUCCCUCAUCAUGAGGAACCUUCUCUUGACCAAUUACAGAUUGUUGCCAAAAAAACAGGUCAGAAAGGGGAUAAAAGGUUUCAGGAUAGUGAAGAUUCUACAGAACAAUCAAGACUUUCUACACACAAAAUAAAUUACUCAGAAGAGCAGCCAUACUCCUGUUUAGAAUGUGGGAAAUGCUUUACAAGUAAAUCAGAUUUAGUUAAACACGAGAACAUUCACACAGAAGAGAAGCCAUAUUCAUGUUCAGAAUGUGGGAAAUGUUUUACAGAUAAAUCCAGUCUUGUUAGACAUGAAAGAAUUCACACAGGAGAGAAGCCACAUUCAUGUUCAGAAUGUGGGCAAUGUUUUACAUAUAAAUCAGUUCUUGUUAAACAUAAGAGAAUUCACACAGGAGAGAAACUAUAUUCAUGUUCAGAAUGUGGGAAAUGUUUUAGAGAUAAAUCCAGUCUUGUUAGACAUGAAAGAGUUCACACAGGAGAGAAGCCGUAUUCAUGUUCAGAGUGUGGAAAAUGUUUUAGACAGAAAUCAUCUCUUGUUAUACAUGAGAGAAGUCACACAGGAGAGAAGCCAUAUUCAUGUUCAGAAUGUGGGAAAUGUUUUACAUAUAAAUCAGAUCUUGUUAAACAUAAGAGAAUUCACACAGGAGAGAAGCCAUAUUCAUGUUUAGAAUGUGAGAACUGUUUUACAUAUAAAUCAGAUCUUGUUAAACAUGAGAGAAUUCACACAGGAGAGAAGCCAUAUUCAUGUUUAGAAUGUGGGAAAUGUUUUAGAAAGAGAUCACAUCUUCUUGUACAUGAGACAAAUCACACAGGAGAUAAGCCAUAUUCAUGUUCAAUAUGUGGGAAAUGUUUUACACGAAAAUCAAAUCUUGUGGAACAUGACAGAAUUCACACAGGAGAGAAACCAUAUGAAUGUUUAGAAUGUGGGAAAUGUUUUAGAAUGAGAUCAUAUCUUGUUAUACAUGAGAGAAUUCACACAGGUGCAAAGCCAUAUUCAUGUUCAGAUUGUGAGAAAUGUUUCACAGAUAAUUCCAGUUUUGUUAAACAUAAGAGAAUUCACACAGGAGAUAAGCCUUAUUCAUGUUCAGACUGUGAGAAAUGUUUUACUACUAAAGCCAAACUUAACAUUCAUCAGAGAAGUCAUAGAGGAGAAAACCCGUAUUCAUGUUGAGAAUGUGGGAAAUGUUUUCCACAUAAAGAAAAUCUUGUGAUACAUAAGAGAUUUCACACAGGAGAGAAUCUGUAUUCAUGUUCAAAAUGUGGGAAAUGUUUUGCAAAAAAUCACACCUUGUUAGACAUGAGAGAAUU